AAGAGUUAUGCAGACCCCAGACGGAGGGAUGUGGAGUUUGCAGUGGGCGACUAUGUAUUCCUGAAGAUUUCUCCAAUGAAGGGAGUCAUGAGAUUUGGAAAGAAGGGCAAGUUGGCACCUCGGUAUAUUGGACCUUUUGAGGUUACUGAUAGAGUUGGAGCAGUUGCCUACCGGUUGGAGCUACCACCCAACCUUUCUCACGUUCAUCCCGUGUUUCACAUCUCUAUGCUCAGGAAAUACAUUCCCGAUCCUUCUCAUGUACUACAGUCGGAUGUAAUAGAACUAAAGGAGAACUUGACAUUUGAGGAGCAACCUGUAGCCAUAAUGGACUACCAAGUGAGACAGCUGAGAUCAAAACAGAUCCCUAUGGUUAAGGUUUUGUGGAGGAGCCAGUCAGUGGAAGAGUGCACCUGGGAGUCAGAACGGGACAUACGUAGCAAGUAUCCUCAAUUCGCGGAAAUUCGACAGUUGUCCGGAUCUGUGAAUUUCCGGCCAGACAGACCAGCUACUGGAAAAGUCUCCGAAUUGGAUCGAGGUUUUGGCUACCCCACCAUUGUCAGGCAUCCCGAGCGCGUUCCCGAAGUCAGAAUCGGCAAAGGUGAGCCGGGACAGCCUUCUUCCUCCGCCCAACCGCCACAGUGAUUGCCAUCAAGUCUGUGAGUAAAAUAUUAAU